UCUAGUAGAUACAGAUCCAUGACGGAGAUGGAAAUUUCCUAACUCCACUCUUUGUUCACCUUCAUUUGAUAUUUUGGCACUAUCGCAACUUUCAAGCUUUUUGGCAGAUAGCAGCCAUGUACGUGGGUUUUGACCGGGUCUUCCAACUAGCCGAAUACACUUUUAUAUCCGAGCGCUUCUUUGGAAAUUGUUUAGAAUAAAAUUGUACAUAUGAAUAUCACCAAGGCUCGAUCGUGGUCGCUAAUUUCCCGCGCGGAGAUCGAAAGUUUUUUUUGCCAGGCCCUCUUUCAGUAAAAGUUUGUGGCACGUUCUCCGAUUUUUUCCUACCUUUGAUUAGACUAACUGAAAAUGUUGGCGCUCCUUGCGGGCAUGCUGCCGAAAUUCUCGCACAUACAUACGUGGGAUGCAACGAUUUUCCUAAACGCUCUUCGCCUCUAUUCAGUUCACUUACGCAUGAAGUUGAAAUAGUGAAAUCAGCCAAAAUACAUCCGACGACGCCCUCGCGUUUCAGAUUUUUCUAAUUAUUCGCUAUUUUCUUUUCAUUCAAAUAAUCUCUGCUGUCUUCCAAACAGAAUAAAUAUUUUCAUAUUUUGAAAAGCUGACAAAAAUACCAAUUAAAAAUUCUCGCUGGUGUCCAAAUUACCCGCAAGUCCAUUACCCACUCACUUAUAAGUCACAAUAGCAGCAACAAAUAGUAAAGCCGAUGACGACUUCGGAAAUGUAGAACACACAAUGUGCCGGCUGCCACUAGCUCGAGUGGUCGUUGGACCAGCGGUCGAGCGCUUGCUUAGUUGACAAUGUGACGUGAGCGAAUUUUCAAUUUUCCGGCUGCUCAUGUGCUCAUCCUCAUGCUGACGACAACAACGACAACUAUACUAAAACACAAUAAUCUGAGAAUUUUUUUUUUUUUUUUUUUUGGGGAAACGUUGAAAAUGCGAACCGUAUUUUUCGGUUUAGUUUGUGAGUGGAAGAUCGGCGAUCGAGGCGAGCAACGAGUUCUAAAAACUAGAAAUCGACCAGCCGCCGAGACGGAAGCAGACGACAUUUGCCGCAGUGCUUUGCUAGAACGGGCGUUAUGUAAGCGUUUGACAUUGUUUUGCCAUUUUGGCUGCCAAUGAAUGCAAUUGUGCCGAUUAACUGUGCUUUAAAUAUCGAAAAAAAAUAUAUAUGUAUAUAAAUAUAAAUUCCUGCAGUAAAUAAAUAGAAAAAGCGCUAUUAAAUAGAGCUUCGAAACGUGUUCUUGUAAAAGUUAAAAACGUGAAAAAAUCGUGUCGAAACUACAUACGUAAAUACUUACAAAAAGAAAAUUGUGUGAAAAAUAUUUAUUUUUGGAAAAUGUUGACACACACGCACUACGUUUAACGGUUUACAUACCCACUUACAUAUAAAUAGAUGUCGUGCGCAUACAUAGUAGUGUGUGUGUGUGUGUGUGUGUAUGCAUGUGUUUAAGCUGGUCAAUCAACAGGCCAAACAACACUUCAACUGGAACACUUCAUACCAAUACUAGGCGCACCAGUACAGUGCAGUGUAGUGUAAAACUCUCGAGUGAACUUAAUAAAUUCUGCAUUUUGUAUGCAAUUGCUGGUGUUGGAAAAGUGGCGAAAACUUCUUGCAACGCAUACAAAUCGUGAAAUUUAUAAAAAUAGCGCAGAAAAUUUUCAAAAAUAACACAGAGCAGCACCUCCCUGGGCUGGCUGUUUGAUUAUUUGGCUGCUUUGGCUGCUUUGGCUGGUUGGCUGGCUGGCUAACUUGCACAUCUUGUUCAUAUUUUGGGAAUUAGUGCGGCAAAUAAACAUACACAUAUACUAACAUCUGACUAAGCUGUCAACGAAAAUUUGUGCUUCUUACAUAUUCUACAUACGUAGCGUAUGUUUGCAUACAUAUAUUUGUGUAUGUUGGGUGAUUAAAACGCGACGAUUACAACCAUAAAUUGCAUUUUGGCGAGGAAGCAUAAGCAACAGCAUUUACAAACAUACAUUAGCUAAGACCACAGGAAAUCGGGCCAAAUAACGGACGCUACGACUUAACAAAACAUGGCAACACAAACAAAUGCGAACACUUUUUCAACUAAACUAAAUCGAAAUGUGUUGACUAUGCCGAAAUGGGUGACGGAAACACACGAUCGUGUCGGACCGAAACCACCACCGCCACCAACUCCUUCGACGCCGGAUAGCGCCGCUAGAGCACCAAUUCUACCACCAAAAACGAAACAACUACCCGAGCCAGAUUAUGAAGUCAUCGAAUUCUCUGGGCAGCAAUAUUCGAAUGAAGUGCUCAAGGCAGGCAGCAGAUCGAAAACGCCGAGUACACCAGAUGCAAAGCUCAAAUGCACGCUAUGUGGCUCGCACAACCCUUGGGUCACGUGCGAGGAGUGCGCACAGCAAAUCUUCUGCGCCUCAUGCGAUGAUAUGUUUCACAAGCAUCCAAAACGGCGUGCGCAUGUGCGAAAGUCCGUUGAGCAGACACGUCCACCCCUGCCGCCGAAAAUCUUGCCCGGGCAGAAUGGACCCGCACCACCGGUGGCGCCACCCAGACGCAAAGGACGCGGCUUCACACCACUGCUGCAGCGCAAGGAACAGGUCAACACGAAUACGCUACUAAUACCAGCCUCACCGACACCCUCUCUGAAGAGCACAUCCUGGCAAGAUCGCGUCAGUUCGCUCAAGAGCGGACUGAAUCUGAUGAAUCGUCCAUUGCCGGACACACCGAAGACGCCAACCAGUGAGCACACCUCAUCGCGUUCCGUCACACCCAAAUCGGUUUUCGACAGCAUACAACGGCCACCGUCUGUGACCUUAGAGAAAAUCAAGAACAAGGCUAGCGCCACACUGGAUAGAAUGACGCUACUGCAGCAACGCUAUCGCCAGCACAAAGAGGAAAGUCUGAAGGGCAACAGUGAACGUGGCGGUUCUGUAACAGAUCAGAACCUCUCAUUCGAUCAAUGGUCAAACAUCUCACCGUCGCCAUCACAUUUUCGCUCAGGCAGUAUGUCGUCCGGGAUCAAUUCAUCUCAUUUUGACCUCACGGAUGAUACGAAUUUUCAAAAUAUGUUUAAUCAACGGCAGAUGCAUUCGUCUCACUUACAACAGCAACAACAGCAACGUCACGUUAAUGGUCAAUUGGGUACACGCGGUAUGAGUACUUCGGUGUUCAAUUUGAAUCAUAUAAAUCGCGGACGCGGACCUGAACCACUGCCCGCAUGGAUGAACAAUCCUAUGCAACAGGCUCAAUCGAUGGCUCAUCUAAAUUGCGCAACAUGCGCUAGUCCACAAGCGAAUGCCUGGCACGCGCAUAACCAACGUCCCAUGCACAUGAACGUUCAGCCCGGCGGCGAUUGGGGUAAUCAGUUUACCUCGCAACAACAACUCAAUCGCUCUAAUUUAUCACUGAAUGUCGGCGCUGGCUAUAUGCUUCCCCAUCAUCACGGAGCUGGUGGUAUGAUGGCGCCACCGCCGGUCUUCAUGAACCAAACCGGCAUGAUGACCGGCAUGUACCCAUAUCCGUAUAAUUCGGGCAUGCCAGUGAUGAAUCCAGGUGUUAUAGGCAUGCCCCCACCGACACGUUCUCGCGCCACAUCACGCGCUGUCUCGCCCGCUAUGAGUCGCAAGUCGAUGCCGGUACGGCGAAAACAACGCACCACCAGCUAUGUCGAGGACGAACUCACCGACGACGAAGACUCCGAUCAAGAUGAUCGCCGUUCAAUUAUUUCAAAUCGCUCCGGCAUGACAAAUACUAUGCGCGCACGUCAGCGACGCAUUUCGAGUGCCUCGCAGUUGCUAGACGAUGAAAGUGAGGCGAAUCAGCGAACUACGCGUUCGAAGCUACGUAAUGCGCGUGAGCGACGCGAUUCGGUUGCAAAGUCCGUGCAAAGUGACUGGUUACCUGGCCGACGGCCCACUGCGAACCACAGCACGAGCGGUAGUCGACAAAAUGAGCCAGGUUUCGUCAAUACACUUAAGCCAACGCGUAUUUAUUCGGACUUGGAUUCGGAGUCAUCCGGCACGCGUGCAUUAGUGCAAGCCAAAAUACUAGAGAAGAUGGAUAGGAGCACAAAACGCAGCAGUUCGAAGGAGAAGGUGGCUGAGGCUGCGCGACAGAAGCCCACUAAAGUUUCUACAGAAGUGCAAGCAGGCGGUAGUCGGUCAAUUGCGAAGGCGAGUAGUGCAACCGACACGAAAGCUGGCGGCAAGCAGGACACAGAUCGAAACGAAACCGAAAAUGUAUGGUCAAAUAAAAAUAACGCCUCCGAAGAGGAAGAGGAGAGUGGAAGUGAAGAGACUGAAAGCGAGCAGCAAGACGUGGAGGAGGAAAUAGCUACUAAGCCAAACACGCAAUUGGAGGAAGCCAGCACAGCGCGUGUGCCGGACGCCGACGAAGCUAACGAAGACGACUUGGGUCCACCACCCUCGACACCUGACCACGAAUGGGAAUGCGAAUUCUGCACGUACGUUAACGAACCGAACGUAAAGAUUUGCCUGAUCUGCUGCAAAACUCCUAGUCGCACAGCGCGUAAGACUUCUACCACAACUGCACCCACGACGUUUAAGGCAAACGAAGAGCAGCCUGCGAAAGUAAAUGCUGAGUCUUCGAACACUACCGAGAGGCAGGCCUUCAGCAAAGAUAAACGAUCGAGCAGCACAGAACCAUCGAAAGACAAACCGAAAGACAAAGUCAAAGAAAAACCAAAAGACAUGAUUAACAGUACAAGCAGCAGCUCCAGCACAGUCACUGGUACCACAACAGCAGCAUCUAAACGAAAAACCGGUGUAACACAAAGCAUUAUCUCCAACUUGUCAAAUGGCAUGUCCAAGUUGAAGAUCACUUCGUCCGAGAACGAGUCGGAUACAACAACACUUGCGAAGAAGAAAGAAUCGGUUGAGGAUAUAUGGGCCGCUUUGGAUGAUAACAUACAGACUACAGCUAAUGAGAUUAUGCGUAAAGCUGAAAAGACAAAGAAGAGCACUAAGGUCUCGACUAGUUGCGGCACUUCACCCGUUCGUGAGUUGCCCAAAGUGAAAGACUCGCAAAAGUCACAAAGAAAAGUUAAGGAAACGGGCACAUCACCGCCUCCGCAAAGCAUUUCCACUCAAACUUACGAUACGUUACCAAUACGACAGCCAGAAGUGAAUGUCACAGAACCAACGACAACAACGGGCGGUGGUAUAUUUUAUAGCGAAAAUUCUCAGUUUCAACGAGAUGCUCCCUCACCGCUGAGCGUAUACUCUCCAGACAUGCCACAUUACGAGCCGAGACACAAAGAACCCGAAACCGAGCUAUACAUCUUAUUGAAAGAAGCUGAACUCUAUAAAUUCACACCUGAAGAGUUGCAUGCCGCACUCAAAUACUGCGGCACUUCAAUACAUCCUAUACAAUGGUUACACGAAAACUGGCACAAACUCAUACAGACCGUACAAAGUCUGUCGACAAAGUAUGGGCAGGAGCGCGUAGAAAAUAUUAUCGGCACAAUCUCACAGACCGAAGCGCGUGAAGCAUUGCGUCAACAUGGCGGCAAUAUAUGGCAAGCUGUAUCGGAAUGCAUUGAACAACGGCAACGUAAAUAUCGUGAGAUCUCUCGUAAGGGAAACUUUUCGCGCGAAGAUAUAGUAACUGCACUAACCAUACACCAAGGCAAUGCCGACUUGGCGCUACUCGACUUGGGACGUACGCAACUUAAACCUUUCUUAAUGCGCAUACGCGGCUCACCGGCCGGUGUUGAGAAUGAAAGUGGCGCCAGUUUUUUCCAAGCAGCCGCAGCUGAGCACACAAUUCAACCAGAAAUUCAUGAGUUUCUCAGCGCAAACGCUUCGGAAUGUUUGCAAACACCAAAUGCAGCUGGUGCAGCUUUCAUAAUCGAUCAUCCCUCGCCGUUUCAAGAACCAUCUACUAACGAAUACCGCAAUCCCAUGUACGAUGACAUCUACCGUCAUAGUCCCUACAGUAGAGAGGCGCUAUCAUCAAGCACAUUUCACCUAGACGAACCCGCAUUUAAUAAUCGAAACAUGCUAAAAGAUCUUGAAAACCUAAUUGGUAACAUCGAACAAAAUCAGGCCACUAAGCAAAGCGAUCCAAUGCUCAAAACAAUGGAAACUAUGUUAGGUGAGAGUUUAGGCAAGAAAGAGUUGGAACAUGAAAAUGAUCCCGAAAUGAUGAGAAUACUAAUGAAGAGCCCAAUAACGACACAACAUGCCAAGCGCUCUCUUUCGACUACAAACAGUAGGAGUCAAAGUCAGAUGGAUGUUAAGAACUUUGUGUGGCAGCAUAUACAGGAGAUAGUACCAAAUCUGGUGCAACAGGUGGAGAUGGAACUCAUGGCCGAGGAUGCAAUGGAAUCAAAUGCAGCGAAUCAAAUAAUAAUGGAACAAAAAGUGCCGCCGCCAGAGCCGCCACCUAUCGACGCUGAAGAGUUUAUUUUGGAAGAGGUUAUAGGGCCAAAUAUAAAAGAGGGUACUAUACGAGAACUGGUGCCACCAGCGUUCGUUUAUGCGGCAGAAAUAGCGAACUUCCGCAUGGAAUUCGAUCGUGCGCUCGAUAGGGAGCAUGAAGAGGAAUUCGAUUUCGAUUCAGUUGAUGAAGCGGAAAGGAAGAUAUACAAAAUGUAUAUGGCACCAGAAGAAGGGAAAAUAUUAAGUGUAGAACAGGAGGGUGCUGGGUCAAAUGAGACUACAAUCGGGAGUGCAGACGAGAUAGAACAAGCAAACGAGGAGCGUUCGAAAGGCAGAGUAUCCCAAGAGGUACAAUGGAGCCAAACGCCAGAAGAUAUUGAAGAAACAAGACUCUACACCGCAGUUGAAGUUCAAAAUUCAAGCGAACUAGCUGAACCUUCAAAUGGACAUGUAGACGAAGCAAGCCAAAGCACAAAAAUUGCAACCACUGAAACACACGAAAAGUCAAGGGAAGCGCAGUCAAAAGAAAACAAUGUCGCCAAUGAAACACAGACCUCAUUUCUAAAUGAAAGGUCACAAGAAUCAUUGGUUAAAGUAGUAACUCCUGCGACAAAUGAGAGUACUGAAGCUACGAUUUCCAGACCAGAAACUCCAGCCUCCCAACAAGCGGACAUGAAGCCCAUGGGAAGCUCCACCGAUGCCACGAAACUUAAAAGAAAUGAAACAUCACAGAGGCGCCAGAGAAAAAGUCAGUUACCAAAGAAUGUUAGCGACAGAAAGACCCAUUCGAAGGAUCGCAAUGUAGCAAAAAAAUUAAAUAUACAGCAAGAAGCCCAGAGCCAAAGGACUGAAGAAGAAAACGUGCAAGCAAAAGUUGGCAACGAAAGCAAAGUUCUUACUCAGCCUCAAGUGAGUACAUUGUCAGAAGAUCUACCAGCAGGACACCUAGCUAGCAGUGGUUCUCAAAAUGAAUCACUAACACCACAUACCAGCAACACUAAUGAGGAAGCAACAGCAGCAAGGGACAGACAACCGAAGGUGUCACGUAUUCCAGUACGUCGGGGCGCAAGUCGACAUUCCGGUGAGCGAAGAUCUAAAACACCUAGUCAACUAACUGUUGUUGAAACCAAACUAACAAAUGAAAAUGAAGUCCAUGCAACUAACAAAGAUCGCCCUACAUUAGAGGAAAGGACUAACACUUUAAAUCAAACGGAUAGACAGGUAGAGGAGAAAAUAUUAAUAGUAAAAAACGUCGCCAUCAGCACAUCCGUGGCAGUAACAGAAAUCCAAGCAGAAGAGAGUUUGGAAAGCUUGGCUGAAAAUUUAGAAGCAACGACAAGUGAAGUGUUUGCAAAGCAAAAUGCUCCCUUAUCAGCUAAGGACGCAAUUCAAGAGGAAACACCAUCUGAGGCACAUGCGACACAGAAUAAGUCAGAAGCUUCAAUACCCGAAGAAUCACGCUCGGCACAAAACACCACUGAAGAUAUUUCUCAAGAACAGCCAUUGAGCGCGGAGACAAAGACGGCGGUACAGGCCAGCAGCAAGUCUCAAAAGCUAGACAGCCAAUCCGUAGAAGACCAAACAUUACAAGCGGCGGCUGAACCAGCAGUCACGACAGGAAGAUACUUUGCAUAUCAAGAUCGACAGUCAGUAUUAGAAGCGACGAUUACAGCAACAUAUCUAGCAGAUACCGGCUAUGAAGCACACGAAAGCCAGGCCGCAGGGGGGCAAACUUUAUUAGUGGCAUUCGAUACAGAACCCAGUGUUGUAGUUAAGGUUCUGCAUGCCGAGGAGGAGUCAUCUUUGCGGGUAUCAAAUGAUAAGGUCGCUCAAGAGAAAACCAGCACCGAAAGAGAGACUCGUCCAGCAGAAAAGCAUUCGAUUCUUCCGGAGGAAUCUGAAGAAAUAAUGCAAAUGGAGACCAUAACUGUUGAAGACAUUCAGCAAAGAGUUGAGGAAGCUCAGGCAGUAGUUGACCAAUUAGGAAACGACAGUGAAGAUGCGGCAAACCAAUCUGUGAAAGAACAUGCAACUGAAAUAAUAUUCGAGUUAGCGACUGAAACUCAAGCCAGUUCAAUAGUACAUGCAUCCGAAUCUCCAACUAAUGAAGUAUUUCAGGAUGCUGCUGAACUAUCAGCGGACGAAGAACUUCAUAACAACGAACGAUCCGAAUCUAAGCGUGAAAACGACGACGGUAACGAAACAUCCGAUGACGAACUAUACAGCAUUGAGAGUGAACUCUCCAGCAGUGGACAAGCGCGUUCUGUAACUUCCGAGAACGGAGUAUUGCUAGUGGUCGGAAAUAACCCACCAGCGGACAUACAGCAAUCUACAAGCGACACAGCAAUAAAUGCAAAUCUCAGCAAGAACACCAGACAGACAGCAGCAUUGGAGUUUGUGCUUUCGCCAGACGCCUCAAAGCAGAACCUCUCCGAACUCGUUGAAGAUACACAGCGCUUGAUUAAGCAAAUGAGAGAUGAAAUAAAUAUUGAGGAUUUCGAAUCUUCCGAGGAAGAAUACACGGAUGAGUACACAGACGAAGAUGAAUAUGAUGAGGAUGAAGAUGAAGAUGAAGAAGCUGACGACUGGGAUGGUUCACUGGAGGAGAAUGAGGCAGAAUAUGAUGAAGAUGAUUUAACAGAGAAUGAUAUUGACGACGAAGACUACUUUGAUGAAGAAGAUGAGGAGGGUUUGAGUGAAGCAGAUGGCGCAGCUGAAGUAAGGGUUGACGAAGCUGAAGCUCAACAACGUAUUGUAGCGGGAAACAUAGAUGACGAAACCGAUAUAGUGGCGGUUGUCGACGAUAAGCGUGAAAGUGAACACGACAACGAUAGUACGAAUACCGAAGCUGCUCACAAACAAAUUACAAUCAUUCCCCCAUCAAAUGAUACCAAAGUCAUUAUAACCCUUGAGACCCCAAGUACAAGCGCUACUGUUCCUAAUCAUGAAUUUGAAAAUGCUUCAUUAUCCAAGCUUGCUACACAAGUUGAGCCUAUUUCUAAUCCUAAUUCUAGUAAGCCCACAACUAAUGCUAACCUAAUAGAAACUGUAGCUAACGAAAUAGAGGUUGAGAAUCAUAUACCCGAACUGCCAGUAGAAACAGUAUUGUCGAGCGAUAAGAGCAGGGAGACACAAGCAGAGACAGCUGGAAACGAAAACAAAUUAGAAACUACCACUCUAGAUGAGAGCCAAGCCAACAGUGGUAAAGCGACUGACGUGCCGCGCACACUCGCUGAAGUUGAAAGGACACAAGAAAUGGCUGCACCAGUGGAUGUAGAAACCACAAAUCUCAAUGCAAUUGCUGCCAUUGAAACGAAAAGUAGUCUAACUGGCACAAAUGAACACCACGCAUUGGAAAGUAAACCCUCAGUAAGCACUAAAACUGGUGCAAUAAGCAAGAUACCGCAAAUUAGAACAGACAACGGUGAGUCUUCCACUUCGAAGGUAGCACGAAGUGUCCCAAACACCGCGCGCACCGACAAACCGAUCGUCCAAAAAAGUACACCCGCCAUGGAUAAGUCUAAGUUGGAUAAUACGAAGCUCAAGGAGAGCAAAAUACCUAAGCAAACAGCGAAAAAGGUGCCUUUGCGUUCGAAAUCGUUUUCGGGACCGCCAGGUCCCAUCGGCAUCUCCUCCGUAAAGAAAAUACAACAAGAGUUCCUCAAUCGUCAAAAACAGUUGACAAACCGCCUUGAACCACCCAAAAAUCCACCAGCCGCAGUACGUAAGAAGUCCAUUACCGAGGCUAUUACCAAAUUUACGCCCAGCACUUCAGCGGCCGCUAGUACCUCCAAAGCUGCUGCCGCAACCAGCAUUUUCCGCACCCAUCCACGCAUACCCAAGAAAAAAUAUCACGAAACAUGCUUUUCAGAUGACGACUUUGAGACCACAUCGACUGAAGAGGAACCUGAACCGCUGGAAAUAAGACAGCGCAAGCAGAGUGUGCCUGUAUUUCGAGCCUAUCCCAGCGUACAGGAACAAGAAGUGGUGCCAACGGAGGUACUUGUGCAAAAAUUCGUGGACGAAAAGCUAGUUGCAAGCAUCGGCGAGGCACAAAUUGCUGCUGCGCUGAUUCACAUGCGCUUUCAACAGGACGUUUCACUGUGGGCGGCCAAGGAGUGUAGUGACCUCGAUCAAGCCAUUUCAAUGCUACAGCAGGAAUGCGAACUCUGCAUGGGCACUUAUCCGAUGAAUCAGAUUGUUUCAAUGCUCAAAUGCACGCAUAAAUGUUGCAAGCAAUGCGCCAAAACAUAUUUUACAGUGCAGAUAACCGAUCGCAGCAUUAACGAUUGCACUUGUCCGUUCUGCAAACUGCCCGAACUGCAUGGACACAACGAGCAUGAGGAUGAAAAUUUGGAGUAUUUCUCAAAUUUAGACAUCUUUCUCAAGAGUAUUUUAGAUGCCGAAGUGCAUGAGCUAUUUCAACGCAAGCUUAGAGAUCGCACUCUACUGCAAGACCCCAAUUUCAAGUGGUGCAUACAGUGCUCAUCGGGUUUCUUUGCGCGUCCCAAGCAGAAGCGCCUGAUUUGUCCAGACUGCGGUUCUGUGACGUGCGCGCAGUGUCGGAAGGCGUGGGAGAAACAACACGAGGGCAUAACGUGCGAGCAAUUCAAAGAAUGGAAGGAGGCAAAUGAUCCCGAAGUGCAGGCACAAGGCGUGCAAGAGCAUUUGGCGCAACACGGCAUCGACUGUCCGAAGUGCAAAUUCAGAUACUCGCUGGCCAGAGGCGGUUGUAUGCAUUUCACUUGCACUCAAUGCAAGUACGAGUUUUGCUAUGGUUGUGGCAAACCUUUCAUGAUGGGCGCCAAAUGCACUAUUUCCUCCUACUGCGCCAAAUUGGGCCUGCAUGCGCAUCAUCCGCGCAAUUGUCUCUUCUAUUUGCGCGACAAGUUGCCAAUACAAUUGCAAAUGUUGCUUAAACAGAAUAAUGUGACCUAUGAUGAAGACCCUAGAGAGCAGCCUAAUGCAGACUCAGAGGAAGCAUCAACAUCAUCGCCGAAGAUGGCGCGUUGCCCAAUUGCCUUGCAAAAGGAGACACCCACUGGACUGGUGGACACAGUAUGCAAUGGCGAAGUGCCCAAUAAGCAUGCCGGACUAUGUCGCACACAUUACGUUGAGUAUUUGACCGCAAAGGUGGCUAAGGCUCGCAUUGAUCCACUGCCCAUAUUCGAUUUGACCGAUUGUGUGCAAGAAUUGAGGAGACGAGAUAUAAAACUGCCGGAAAGAGGUCCCUGGGACACAGAUGAAAUCUAUAAAGGAAUGUGUGCAGAGGUUAUCAAAAACAAUAUUCCACUGGAAAUGAUUUAAAAGUGUGCACCAAGCUGCUGAAGCCAGACACCCAACUGAUCCAACGAUAAAGCGAUAAACCGAUGUUGUGGGCUGCAAGCGUUCGAAUAUAUUAUUUCUACAUACAAAAGGUCACAAAGUCACAGUCAACGUGCACACACCAGGACCAGCACUUGUUUAUGGACGACAUCAAGCAACAAAUCACACUACGCCUAUGCGCAUAUACAUAUGUAUAUACACUCACAUCUACUCAGCCACAUCACAUCACAUCACAU